AUGGGUUGGGCAUAUGUUCCAAACAUCAGUAACAUACUUGUAAUUGUAGAUGCCUGUUCAACAUGGAUUGAAGCAUUCUUGUGUCCUAAUCGCUCGGCUGAGACAGUAAAAAGCAAGCUGCUUGAGGUCUUCGCUCGUUUUGGUGUGCCCACAGAUUUAGUAUCAGAUAACGGGCCUGAAUUUCUUGUGUUAGGGAAUAUGUUGUCAUCAAUGGGUUGCAGAAAAAUUGAGGCACUUUCUUACAGUCCGGCAUCUAAUGGCGCUGCUGAAAGGGCCAUACAAACUGUGAAAGCUGCAUUGAAGCAUUUUGACCUGAAGACAAGAAAUUUCGGCAACUACUUGAACAAAAUUUUGUUCAACCAUCAGAGUCCCUUGGGUGGUUGUAAAUUAUCACCGGCCAGAAAGUUAAUGAAAAGACCACUGAGGGUUGCUGCAAACCAUUCUUUAAAAUAG